UCUUUAGCAGCAAUAUGCAGUGCAGACUGGUUGUUGUCAAUUUGGUUGUCUGGCUAUUACACGCAGUCAUUCGCACGGAUCUCGGGUUUCUGAUUAUUAGCUGUGCGUUAACACUUGCAAAUGUAGGAGCCUGUUGGGUGAAUGAAGAGUUGCAUGACAUUGGCUGUCUGCGCGUCUGAAGCGUUCCAUUGGCUCGCGUCUCCUCCACUGCCCUGUCUACGACUCCUGGCAGCGCACGGGGAACGGCGCAUGCGUCUUACUUUAUUCCUCAGCCUUUGAAACUCGGGGUUGAGUUCAAUUAAGGGACCAUGUCCGCCAUCAGCCGUCUGCAGUUCUCGGUCUUCUCAUUUAAACAGAAUUCUCCAUGAAAUAGUAUUAUCGCGUGGCCUAGAGAAUGGCCGGCUCGGGUGCCGUCCAGGUGAAAUUGGAACUCGGCCACCGGGCCCAGGUCCGGAAGAAACCCACUGCGGAGGGCUUCACGCACGAUUGGAUGGUUUUUGUCCGGGGACCAGAGCACAGCAACAUUCAGCACUUUGUGGAAAAAGUAGUUUUUCACCUGCACGAAAGCUUUCCGAGACCAAAAAGAGUGUGCAAGGAUCCUCCCUAUAAAGUGGAGGAGUCGGGAUACGCCGGCUUCAUCCUGCCCAUCGAGGUUUACUUCAAAAAUAAGGAGGAGCCUAAGAAAGUGCGCUUUGACUACGACUUGUUUCUGCACCUGGAGGGUCAUCCGCCCGUCAACCACCUGCGCUGUGAGAAGCUGACCUUUAAUAACCCCACCGAGGAGUUCAGGAGGAAGCUGCUCAAGGCUGGAGGGCAACGGGAUCCUCACAAAAGAAGCUCAGAAGAUUCAAAAGUGAUGGUCAUGCAGGAGGGCUCGACGUCUCUGUUUGGUCAGCACCUGAAGCUGCCCACACUGCCCAGCAGUUCACUGACCUUCUCCUUCCCCGACCUCAAGAAGAGCAAGCCCUUCCCGGGGUCAAAGGAGGCUUCCCGGAGCAGUGGCCCGCUCACCCUCUCCUCUUCGUCGUCCUCCUCUUCGUCGGCCAAGCUGGCCAAGCCGGCCAAGGAGCACCGCGACAAGCCCCCGCGCACCUCCAAGGAGCCCCGUAGUGCCUUCAGGGAGCUGGCCAGGGAAGGACUCCCAAAGCCCCCCAAAGACUCCUCCACCUGCUCCUCCUCCUCCUCCUCCAAGAAGCCCAAAGACUGCCCCAGCCAGCCGCCUCCGCCCCCACCGCUCCAGAGCGACCUCCACCACCCCCACAAGAUGGGCUUCAAGGAGCCCAAGGGGAUGGUCAAGGAGCCACGGCCCACCGAGGGGGGGUUCGGGGGGGCUGGCAAGCGUCUCCCAGGGGGGGAGGGGGUGGGGGUGGGGGUGGGGGGCGGCCAGGACCACGUGACCAAAAAGCGUAAGAAGGGCUUUCCGGUGGUCCCGCACGCCCACGUGGACAAGGCGCACACACUCACACACACACACACCAGGGACAAGGGGCAGGCGCGGGUGGGGAGAGCGCUGCGCGGGGACGGCGAGGGGGACCGGAGGAAGACGCCAACACAGCCGCCCUUCCAGGAGCUCGUGGACCCCGUCGACUCGGACAUGGAGGACAACAUGUCCGCCAAGUCGGAGUCGGAGCAGCCCAGUCCUGCCAGCUCAAGUUCUAGCUCCAGCUCAAGCUUCGGACCCACCCACAAACGGCAAGCGCUGGGGCCACUACGGUCCAUCAUCCAGGACCUGCCGUCCGACGACAACGAGGAGGACUCCGAGGAGGACGACGACAACGACUGGACUCUGACCUGGAUGGACUCUGACCUGGAGAGACCCAUGCACACACACCUCACACACCGCCACCGCAGGGUGAGCUUGAGUGACGGGAGUGACAGUGAGAACAGCUCCGCCUCCUCGCCGCUUUCUCGAAACGAGGGCCCGCCUCUUCUGAAGUCGAGCAAUAACCAGAUUCUGGACAUGAAGAGCACGCUGAAACAGCCGAAGCAGGAGAAGACCAAGACCAUAGAUUGUGAUAAGGCCUACCUGGAUGAACUAGUGGAGCUGCACAAAAGACUAAUGGCACUAAGGGAGAGGCACAUACUGCAGCAGAUUGUGAACCUCAUCGAGGAGACCGGUCACUUCCACAUCACGAACACGACCUUCGACUUUGACCUUUGCUCGCUGGACAAACCUACGGUGCGCAAACUGCAGAGCUACCUGGAGACCUCCGGAACGUCGUGAGGCCUGUCCGCAGACCUGUCAUUCUCCGGUUUCUCCGCUUAGAACCUGUUAUGUGGGGAGGAGAACCCACUCGCAGACGCUGACCAAAAAAAAAGAAAAAAAGAAAAAAAAACACAGAACGUGUUGUUGCAGAACCAGAAGACAAAUCCCAAGAAGAGAACGCAGAACUCACCCUGAAGCCUUUCCAUGUUCCCAUGGCAAUCAGGACACACGUGCUAAAGGACUGUGGGCUCGUCAUACGAAUGUUCAUAUUGUUCCCUUCUGUGUGUGAGUGUGUGUGAGUGUGCGUGUGCGUGUUUGUGUAUGUGUGUUUGUUCUUCGGUUUUGUUUGUUGUGACGAAUGCAUGUUUCAAUACUGCCUUGCAACCGCGUCCAGCUAUUUAUUACAUUUUUCAACUUUUCAGGUGUGUGUGUGUGUGUUUUGUACAAGCGAAUGAGAGGCAUUACGUGUGUGUGUGUGUGUGUGUGUGUGUGUGUGUGUGUGAGAGUGAGUGCUCUAUAGCGAUCUUGUCUCUCUGGCUUAAGCGGUGGGUGAGUUGGAGUUGCGUCUCCACAGGAAGAGACGUCUUUGUGUUUCUCUGCCCCUGGCGUGGCCUUCAAAGGGCUGAGGUUCAACUUCACGCACACACACACUUACACACACACACACACAUACACACACACACACACACACACACACACACACACAUGUCAGAGAACCCUGGGGAAAUGCCUUGCCUAAUACACACACACACAUACAAACACACACACACCAUGAACUGCUGUUCUGAUUUCAAGUGAUAUCAAGGUUAGGUUUACAUAAAUGCAUCUGUUCCAAAGCUGAGGUUCAACUGCCUACACACACACACACACACACACACACACACAAGUGAAAUCAAGGUUAGGUUUACAUAAAUGUGUCUGUUCCAAAGCUGGACUGCAGAUAAUGGUGAUGUGUUUCAGAAAGAGCGCCGACAGCAGAUAACCAGAGACCUUAUUUAUUUGGCCCAGGAGACUCCCGGUUCUAGGGUCUUUAGUCGGCCCAGGAGACUCCCGGUUCUAGGGUCUUUACUCGGCCCAGGAGACUCCCGCUUCUGGGAUCUUUAGUCGGCCCUGCAGUCCCGGUUCCUUUUGCUUUGUUAGUCUUGUUCUGUUCUCCCUCUGCGCUUGUGAUGGAACCUGAUCUUUUGAGGGGGUUUUUUUGUCUUUUUUUUUUUUUAAAUUGAGGAACUGAAGUUUUCAUUGAACUCGUCUUGCCUUUGGGGUCGCUGAGACAAAAGCAACCCAGGAGGAGAAAACUAAUGCAGAAACAAACAUGGGCCUUGUACUCACAAACAAACAAACAAACAAACAAAAACAGAUUGUACUGACGAGACACAGCACCUGCCUCUGCUAUGCUUGAAGACACUCAGUGGCGGCCACCUCUCCUGACGUUCAGGAGUGGACGCACUGUUGUCCACGCUGUCAUGGCGACAGUCGACCAGUAGGGGGGGCUGGACAUAUUGGCACUGUAUGUAAGUAGUGUAUGAUUUACUUUCUCUUUUUUUUUGGUAAUUUGUGGAAAUGUGUAUUGCUGAAUGAUUCAUACUGUGUAUAUUUUUUUACCUUAAUUUCCCUAAUUCCAUUUCUA